AUGAACAAGGAAGGAGGAACAGUUUCCAGACCGCCCCUACUGAUAGGGCCUGAGAAUUAUGACUAUUGGAAAGCUCGGAUGAUGGCUUUCUUAAAAUCCAUUGACAGCAGAACAUGGAAAGCUAUUGAAAAUGGCUGGGAGGCUCUAGUUGUUCUUGACAAAGACGGGAACAAGACAACUGAGGUUAAGGCAGUAAAGGACUACUCAAAGUAUGAGGAUGAACUAGCUCUUGGUAACUCAAAAGCUCUAAAUGCCAUCUUCAAUGGAGUGGACAUCAAUAUGUUCAGACUUGUCAAACGAUGCACUGAAGAAGAGACCAUUCAUGAUUUUCACAUGAAUAUUCUAGAAUUUGCAAACUCAUUUGAUGCGUUAGGAGAACCCAUAUCUGAUGAGAAGCUUGUAAGCAAAAUUCUCAGAUCUCUUCCUAAGAGGUUUGACAUGAAGGUAACAACAAUAGAAGAGUCUCAGGACCUAGCAACUAUCCAAGUAGAUGAGCUAAUAGGAUCUCUUCAAACCUAUGAGUUAGCCAUGAAUCAAAGAAAAGAAAAGAAAAAUAAAAGUUUAGCUUUUGCCUCCAACACUAGAGAAGAUGAAGAAUCAGCUCUGGAGAGUGAUGAAAGUUUGUCAGAAGCAAUGGUCUUGCUAGGAAGACAAUUCAACAGAAUCAUGAAAAGAAUGGACAAAAAGUCUAAGUUCAAUGUGCCAAGCAUCAAGCUCGACAUCAACAAACAGACCAAUGAUCAAAGAAGGGCUAGAAGUGAUGAGAAAACCAGUCAGUCAGAAGGGGUCCAGUGUCAUGAAUGUGAAGGAUAUGGACACAUCAAAGCUGAAUGUCCUACCUUUCUGAAGAGACAAAGGAAAAGUUUGGCUAUCACUUGGUCAGAUGAGGAUGACUCAGAGGAGGAAACUGAAAGUGGAUCUGCAAAACAUGUUAAUGCGUUGACAGGUGUGUGUGAAUCUGAUGCUGAAUCAUGUGAUGGAACAUCCUAUGAGGAACUGCUUACUACCUAUAAGGAUCUGUUCAUCAGAAGCAAUGAAGUUUGCAAAGCGUUGGAAAAACAAAAGAAGGCAAAUUGUCAACUACAAGCUGAGAAGAAUGAAUGUCUGGUAACAAUUGAUACCCUCAACAAAGAAAUUGAAAAACUGAAUGGUGACUUGGAGCAUGCUACAAAACAAUUCAGAGUUUAUGGGUCAGGAGAAGAAAAAUUUCAAGCCAUGUUGUUGAAACAAAGUGCAGGAAAGAAACCUAUUGGUUUUGACUAUGAGAUUAUUGAUCAACAAAUGGGAUACAACAAAGCUACAAUUAGUACUCCCAUUGAUAAAACCUUUCCUGUCAGUGCUGGUCUUUUACCACCACAUCCUCCCACACAUCAGGGAACUGAUACUUGGUUAAAACCCAAACCUAAGCACCCUGUCCAGACUGGAUCAAUGCCUCAACAUCCUCCUCCACAUCGGUAUAACUGGUCAAGACCUAAAUCCAGGAGAAGAAACUGGAGAUGUCAUUACUAUGGAAGGAAAGGGCACAUAAGGCCUUACUGCUAUAAAUUGUAUGGCUAUCCAAAGAAUUCCCGGUCACCUGCACCUAUGCCUGAAAAUGUGAAGACCAAGAAAGAGUGGAAUGAAAAGGAAAAUGAUGUAAGUCUGAUAGCUCAUACAUCACUACGAGCAUCAUCUAGACAAGAUUGGAACUUUGACAGUGGAUGUUCAAGACACAUGACUGGAGUGGAAGGAUAUCUUACAAACCUAAAAUCCUAUGCCACAAAUAAUGUUCUACUGGUAAAAGGACUUACAGCUAAUUUGAUUAGCAUUAGUCAGUUGUGUGAUCAAGGCAUGAAAGUGAACUUUACUCAAUCAGAAUGCCUUGUUACAAAUAAAGAAGGAAGACUCAUGAUGAAGGUAGUAAGGUCAAAAGAUAACUGCUACUUGUGGGUAUCUGAAGAAGAAAACUACUUGUCCACAUGUCUCUUAAGCAAGGAAGAAGAAGUUAAACUAUGGCAUCAAAAACUGGGUCACCUACAUCUGAGAGGAAUGAAGAAGGCUAUAGCAGAAUAA